AUGGCAACAGCAGCGCAACGUAUUCGACAGAGAUCCAUGCACACAUUCAAGGCGUAUGAUAAGAGUGAACACCGUCUAUUAGUCGUAGGCGGGAAUGGAUAUGUGGGUAGUAACAUCCUGCAGCGUGCGGUUCAAAAAGGUGUCGAGGUGCGCAGUCUCAAUCGAUCGGGCAAACCACAAUGGCAAGACGUGCCCUGGAUCGACGAGGUUGAUUGGCAUAAGGGCGAUGUAUUUGAUGAAAAGCAGCUGGCAAAAGCCGUCGAGGGUGUCACGGGUGUCAUUUCAGCGGUGGGUGCAUUUGGGAACAAGGAAUUCAUGGAAAAAGUGUGUGGUGACGCAACAAUUCAGGCUGUUCAAGCAGCACAGAAAGCGGGCGUUGAACGCUUUGUGUUCGUGUCCAACUCUCGUGUUGGUUCGUAUAACCCGCCAUGGCAGCCACUGUAUGGCUACUACCAUGGAAAGGAGCGAGCAGAGGCUGCUGUACAUGCACGGUUUCCAAACACGGGAGUAGCAUUGCGUCCAGGUUUCAUCUAUGGUUGGCGUCGCACAGAGAAGGGUCGAGGUAUUCCACUGCAGCUUGUUGGAGCACCUUUAUCGAUGCUUGCACGCGACCUUGGACCAGUUUCGACAGCACUGAGCUGUCUGCCGUUAUUUGGUGAAGAGAUGCGAGCUGCAAUUCCUGUUGAUGCAGUUGCUAAAGCGGCAGUACUUUGUGCCAUUGGUCCUGUUCACAGACAAACGCUGGACACAACCAAUAUGCUCGAGAUUGCCGCGUCGUUCCAUGUCCAUGAGUAG